AUGGAUGAAAGUGGAAUAAUAGGAUAAAUGAUACUCGAAAGUAGUGGCAGAAUCAAAAAGGUUAUUAAUUGAAUCAAUAUUUAGAGCAGCGGCACUUUAGAUAAUCCUAAGUUAAUUCCCUUCAUAACUACUAUCGUCUCAUCUACAGCUAAGAUUUUAGAUAAACAAUCACUCAACAGAGUAACACGUAAAAUUACAAUUAUAUCAUAGUAAGUUAUUAAGAAUCAGAUAUCAUAAUAUAUAUAGAUUAAAAUGACAUCGUAGUUUUGGAAAGAAAAAAAUGA